AUGAAUAACAGAGAGUACGACUAUUUGUUUAAGCUUGUUAUCAUUGGAAAUAGUGGAGUUGGUAAGUCAUCUCUACUUCUAAGAUACACUGAUGAUACAUUUAGUGAAAAUUAUAUCUCCACUAUUGGAGUUGACUUUAAGUUAAUUCAAAUUUUAAAAUAGAUUUAAAACAUUUAGACUAGAUGGCAAGGGCUUAAAGUUAUAGAUUUGGGAUACUGCUGGCUAAGAGAGAUUCAGAACCAUUACAAAUGCAUAUUAUAAAGGAGCUGAUGCGUACUCCAAUAUUUUCUAAACAAUAGAAUUGUCCUUGUGUAUGACACUACUUGCCAAUCAUCAUUUGAGGAAAUCGAAAAAUCUUGGAUAGAUGAGAUACAUAAGCAUGCUGGAAAAAAUACUACCAUUCUUUUGAUUGGAAAUAAAAGCGAUUUACCAAAUAAAACUGUUAUUACUGAGAAAGCAGAAAUAUAUGCAAAAGAGAAACUUAUGCUUUUCUAUGAAACUAGUGCUAAAACAUCACUUGGAGUAUCCCAAGCAUUUGAAGAAUUAUCAAGGUUACUUAUCAUAAAAAGAGACAUGAAAUUAAAAGAGAAAAAAAUAAAAAAAAAAUAAAAAAAUGUAUGAAUUCUCUUUAAGAAAAGGAUUCAUCCUCCGCAGGCUCUGAUAAAAAUCAUGCUUCUUAUACUCCAAAUGAACCAUAAGAGAAUAUUAAUUUAUGGUUAAGACCCAAUCCAAAAAAAGAAAAUGGGAAAUAGUAAUAAAGAUGUAAUUGUUGA